AUGCAGACUACGAACAAAUUCUUCCAGAACUCUGCGAGUUUGUGCGACUUUGUUGCUGCUGCGGUGCCGGUGAUAUUUCCUCUUUUUUAUACUUUCCCCAAGUUGGCAGCUCUAGUGAAUACCUUUUUAGCCCACAAGAAGUUGCUGCAGCAUGAUAGCAGCAUGAAGGCGUCUCCUGCAUCAAGUCACGAUCCAGCAGCAGCAACGCCAGCAGCAGCAGCAGCAACACCAGCAGCAGCAACAGCAACAAAUCGGCCUUCUCCCUCCAAACUGCGAGCAGACGCUGUCCUCGAGCAGUUGGAGAAGGAUCUGAGCCGUGUGAUUGAGUUGGACCUCUGA